AUGGGAAAAAAGAAGAAGAAGAUUAUAUUGGCUAUGAGUUUAUGGAGGGUAGGUGAUUUGGGCAAUGGGGGUAGGUUCUCGUGGUUAGAGGAAUUUGAGAGGGACAAUGUCCCUGUAAAUCAAAAUGGCAUUCUUGCCCUUUCUGCUAAAGAGCAUGACAAGAUCUCUCAUAAGGUCAAACUUGGCAUUGGAGCAGAGGCAUCUUAA